AUGGCCGCCGGGAACUUCUAUACACUAUUUUCCCUUACAGUUCUUUUGAUCAUCUCUCAGCAAGUAUUUGCUCUGCCCUCAUUGCCUCUUCAUACAAAUUCAAGAUGGAUUGUGGAUGAAGAUGAUAAACGAGUGAAGCUAGCUUGUGUGAACUGGGCUGGGCACCUUCCACCAUUGCUGGCUGAGGGUCUCAGCAAGCAGCCUUUGGAUACAAUAUCUAAGAAGAUUGUAUCUAUGGGAUUCAAUUGUGUUAGGCUUACAUGGCCAACUUUCAUGGUUACCAAUGACACCUUAUCCUCUAUGACUGUUCAUGACUCCUUCCAGGGCUACAACCUUCUUGAAUCCGUUGCUGGCCUGCAAGUCAAUAAUCCUUCCUUGCUUAACAUCACUAUUUUGCAAAAGCUUGGGGAGAACAAUGUGAUGGUCAUAUUAGACAACCAUGUAAGCAAACCUAUGUGGUGUUGCAACAGAUAUGAUGGUAAUGGUUUCUUUGGCGAUCGCUACUUUAAACCACGCACCUGGCUUGAUGGGUUAUACAAAAUUGCAACAAUAUUUAAUGGUGUUCCCAAUGUCAUUGGAAUAAGCCUGAGGAAUGAGCUGCGAGGACCUGGGAGGAAUGAUAGCAUUUGGUACAACUUCAUGCAAAAAGGAGCAGAAGUGGUGCAUGAUGCAAACCCUAAUGUUCUUGUAAUUAUCUCGGGUCAUGAUUUUGAUAAAGACUUGAGAAUGCUUAAGAACCAACCACUGCAUGUUUCGUUCAAGGAGAAGCUUGUAUUUGAGCUUCAUUGGUACAGUUUCGCUGCUACUGAUGGUUGGACGAAUGGGAACCCCAACGAGGGCAGUUAUUACUAUAGAGGAAACAUUAUGGCAAGAAAUGAAGGCUAUGGAGUUUUGAAUUGGGAUUGGUCAGAAGUCCGGAACCCAAGUUUCAUGCAGAGGCUUUCUGCUCUUCAGUCCCCUUUUCGAGGACCGGGGCUUUUUGAUGAUGAAGAGUAUGAUGUAAUUUACCAUCCACUCAAGGGAUUGUGCAUCCCUAAGAGUCCAGAUGCACCACCAGUGGUUCCUGUUAAGCUAAGUUCUUGUGUCCAACCUGAAGCUUGGACCUAUACACUUGAAAAGAAUCUACAAAUUAAGGAUUCAUACUACUGCUUACAAGCUGAUGGAGAAGGUAAACCUGUCGAGUUCGGAACUGGUAGCAGUUGCAGAAGUCCGAGUGCUAAAUGGGAGAGAAUAACAACCUCCAAGUUCCAUUUCUCAACAAUUGUUGGCAAUACUACCUUGUGCUUGGAUAUAGGCUCUGACAACACCAUCAUCACAAAUAAAUGCAAAUGCUUAACUGGAUCAUGUGAACCUGCGAGUCAAUGGUUCCAUAUCAUCCCCAGUACCAUACCUUAUGAUUUCUAA